CUCUUUCAACAUGGUGUCUGAAACUUCCACCACCUCCCAGACCGUUACCACCAACUCGGGCGCCUCGGUGCACUUGGGAGGCUACGCGCUGCGCGGAGGCCCCGCCGCCCUGGCGCUGGAGCCUGGCUUUGUGCUGAACGUGGCGCCGCUGAUGGAGGCCGCCGUGACAUCGACGUAUGAUGCGUUUGUGCUGCGCUCCCUGGUCAACAACUAUGGCUCCCACUACAUCCGCACCGUGUGGUACGGCGGCAUCGCCUCGGUCACCAACCAGAUGACCUCCUCCUCCCUCUCCUCCCUCUCCUCCAUCGGCGUCUCCGUCUCCAUCGCCGCACAGGCCUCCAUGAUCCAG